AUGAACACGAAUUCUCCCCCUCACCGAAGAGGCCCUUGGUCCCAGCAAGAGGAUCAUUACCUAAUGGCCCUCGUUCAAGACCAUGGCCCUCUUAACUGGGUUCGCAUCGCCCAGAACCUGUCUUCCAGAACACCAAAGCAAUGCCGCGAGCGUUACCACCAAAACUUGAAGCCAAGCCUCAACCACGAACCCAUCUCAGCUGAGGAGGGUGCCCUCAUCGAACAACUUGUAGCACAGAUUGGAAAGCGUUGGGCCGAGAUUGCCCGCCGCCUCCAUGGACGAAGUGACAAUGCUGUCAAGAAUUGGUGGAAUGGAAGCCAAAACAGACGCCUGCGAUCCGACCGUCGCCGUGCCACCCAGGGCCAUGAUGACUUCUAUUCUGCAAACCGACAUGGACUUACUAUCUCGACAACACCAUGCCACCAGAUCCCAGGACCACACCUGUCGCCCAUCUCGGGCCCUAUCACGCGCCACCCUGUUGGAUCAUGGGUUGAAGCUCCUCUUCCUUCGCCUUGUUCAUCCGAGUCCGCCGAGUCCGAAACUGGAUCCAACUACACUACAUCACCAGCUCACCACUCUGUCAAUCUCUACAGGCCUGUUGAGUUGCCGCCUCUCCGCGGUCACUUCUCCAGCCGUGUUGAUCCCAGACUUCCAAGGGCUGAUUCCAGACUCCCAAGCAUCAGCACCACCACUCUCUCCUCCUACGAGGAUAGACAGCCUACGGAACGAAGCGAGUACAAGCCGGCACUGCCUUCACCAUACGGCAUCCCAGGACAAAGACAGUUGCCCACUGCCCCGAACUCGCCGGUGCAGCAUCAGUCCCAGCCGCAGUCUCAAACACAACCUCGCUCACAACAGGACUCACGCAUGCGAUUGCAUUCUCUGUUGGACUAG